UGUUUAAUAAAGCCUUUCUAAUAGUUGUGAAAACUAGCGCGAAAUUUAAGUCAAGUGAAUCUAAUUUCAUGUCAACUUUUAAUAAUUAGAAAUAUAAAAGAUAGCGCUUGAGUCCCGAAGGGUCUCAUUCUGCCAUUUACAUUAUGUAUAAUUCCUAACUAAAUUUCAAAUCGGCUUCACUUCUCGACUUCGACUUUAUUUCUCACGAAAUUGCUUUUAAACGUGAACAUUUGAUCAAAAAAAUAUUUCGAAAAUGUCUCUUACGAAUUAUGCAUACUAUACGUAUAUUAUGUAUAGUGUAUAGAAGAGACUCAUUUAGUCAGGGACUCAAAAGGGUCAUUUUUCUACAAAAUUAUUAUAUUGAUAUCGAUAGUUAUUUAUUUAAGUAAACUCAUUGGUUCAUCAAUUUUGUGUCAAAAGCGUGUUCAUCUUUUGUUCGAAGCUAGAAAAUAAUUACCGUGUGCGGUAGCCUUAAGCUUACGAUGCAAUCAAGACGCAUUUAGUCUGUAAACGCCCUUUCUUUGUUUGAAACUUUAACCUCAAAAGUUAUUUGCAUCCAAAUUUGAACAAAUAUUGGAAAAUAGAACUUAUUUUGUACACAGAUUUUUGUACACAGCAAUUUUUAUAAUUUAGUAAAUUAAAUGAAGUUGCAAGUAUUUUAUUCAAAAUUGGAAGUACUGUAAAUUUAUAAACGUGAUAUGUUGGAAAUAAGUGAAAGUCAAAUUUCUGCCAUAGGUCAGGUUUUGAAUGACCAAAAUCGGCCGUUAAAAGAGAGAUUUCGUGCAUUGUUUACUUUAAAAAAUAUUGGUGGUGUUAAAGCAAUCGAACAGAUUAAUAACUGUUUUAAAGAUGAAUCAGCCUUAUUGAAACAUGAACUUGCUUAUUGUCUUGGUCAAAUGCAAGAUUCUCGUGCUAUACCUAUUCUAAAUGAAGUACUAAAAGAUAUUAAACAAGAGCCAAUGGUUCGUCAUGAAGCAGGUGAAGCUUUAGGUGCAAUUGGUGAUCCCAGUGUUAUACCAUUGUUAGAAGAAUAUAGUAACGAUUGUAUACCAGAAGUAGCAGAAACUUGUCAAUUAGCAUUAGCCAGAUUGCAAUGGUUAAAAUUACAUAAUUCAAAAAAUUCAACCCAUUCACAAAAAAGUCCUUAUAUGUCCGUGGAUCCAGCACCACCAGCAGAUAUAACUGAUGUUGAAAAAUUAAGGAGCAUCCUUUUAAAUGAAAAUAUUUCCUUGUUUGAAAGGUACCAAGCAAUGUUUUCAUUAAGAGACUUGCAUACUCGGGAAAGUAUUCUUGCACUAGCAGAAGGUUUGAAGGCAGGUAGUGCUCUGUUUAGGCAUGAAAUAGCUUUUGUUUUGGGACAAUUGCAGGAAGAAAUUACUGUUCCAUAUUUGGCAGCUUCUUUAGAAAAUAUGGAAGAAAAUGAAAUGGUACGGCAUGAAUGUGCAGAAGCAUUAGGUUCCAUUGCAACUUCAGAUUGUUUUAAUAUUUUAAAUAAAUAUAUCAAUGACAGUCAAAGAGUUGUACGGGAAAGUUGUAUAAUUGCAUUAGAUAUGUGCGAGUAUGAAAAUAGUUCAGAAUUUCAGUAUGCAAAUACAUUAACCAAGGUUAAUGCUUGAAACUGUAUUUUUCUUAAUUUGUAAUGGAAUAAAUGAAUUUUAAAGAAAAAGUUAC